AUGAACGGGUCUGUCAACGGGCCAACGAUCCGCCCCAGACGUUCGGCACUCAAAUAUGAAGGCGACACUGUGCAGAUUGCGGAACCUGAGACUCCUUCUGUGGAAGAGCACCACGUUAAGAAACAGUUCUCUGCGAGCGUAGCCAAAAGACUUGGUGGCCGACCUGCACCCACCUCAAACCCAUCGAGAACCUCACUCGCUUCAGGUACCAGCCAAGCGGACAUCGACAACUCCGGCAGUCCGACUGUACUGACUGCAUCACCUGCCCCAAUGGAUGAGUCUCCGGCACACGGUCCACAAGGUCGUCACCGUAACAAAAUAGACCGGAUCAGUGAGCGACUGGUCGCCCAAGUAGCGGAAUGGAUUCAGCAUGAAAAGACCAAGAGGGAAACUAGAAAGACAGUGAAGCUUCUUCGACGGCGCAAGACACCACCCAUCCAUGUGAACGGAGAGCCUACCGUCUCCUCGCCUACCCGCCCUCGUGCGGAUUCCAUCAGUUCAGACUCGAGCGAGGUUUCUUUGGACAGACUGCAAAAGAUCCUCAAUGACGGCAUGUCUGCUCUCGGCCUAGACCAGGUCCCGCAGCUCGGCCCCCGUCUCGGACGCAGACGGUCUAGGAGGAGUCUCAAGGCGCCUCCUGCCCGCACAGCCUCUUCCGACACGGAAUUUUUUGACGGCGAUGUCGUUGUUCCUAGCUGUGACGUGUUCCUCGACAACUCAAAGACCAUGAGUUACUCGGGCGGCAAGGCGACCACCGAUGAUACGCCUUCGCAAGCCAGCCGUAGGGAAGAGAAGGAGAAGCAGGCUUGGCUGACGUUCAAGAACGAGAUCAUCAGGCUGGCACACACUCUUAGGUUGAAGGGGUGGAGGCGCAUUCCGCUCAACGGUGGUGAGACGAUCUCUGUUGAGCGACUCAGCGGAGCGCUGACGAACGCUGUGUAUGUGGUGUCACCGCCCCCUGAAUCUAUUUUGCCUCCGCAGGAGGGUAAGAGACAGCCGGAAAAGGUCUUGCUCAGAGUCUACGGCCCGCAAGUUGAGCAUUUGAUCGACCGAGAAAUCGAAUUGGGCGUUCUCAAGCGCCUGGCGAGAAAGAAGAUCGGCCCUCGGUUGCUCGGUACCUUUUUGAACGGCCGCUUCGAGCAGUAUUUCAACUCCACCACGUUGACGCCAGAGAAUCUUCGUGAGCCUGAGACAUCCAAACAAAUCGCCAAACGCAUGAGAGAACUCCAUGACGGCGUUGAGCUUCUUGAGCAUGAAAAGGAUGAAGGUCCUGGUGUCUGGAGAAACUGGGAUAGGUGGCUCGACCAGGCUGAGAAGACGGCCAUGUACCUCGACAACCAGGUUGCAGCCCAGCUUCAAGAAACCACUCGCCACAAGGAGACUUGGAAGACUAGGGGUUUCGUCUGCGGUGUCGAGUGGCCCGUGUUCAGAAAGAUGGUUCAGAAGUACCGCAAGUUCCUAGAGGACUAUUAUGGCAGCCCUACCAAAAUAAGGGAAAAGCUGGUCUUUGCCCACAAUGAUACUCAAUACGGGAACAUUUUGCGCAUUCGGCCCGACGAUAAGAAGUCGCCUUUGCUGCAGCCCGCCAACGAGCACAAGCAGUUGAUCGUCAUCGAUUUUGAGUAUGCCGGAGCGAACUUGGCCGGCCUGGAGUUUGCCAAUCACUUCUCCGAAUGGACCUACAACUAUCACGAUCCUGUUACGCCACACGUUUGCGAUGCUACCAAGUAUCCAACCCUCGAACAGCAGCGGCGGUUCAUCAAGGCCUACGUGGACCACCAGCCGAAGUUCCCUUCGGUACCUGGUGUAUCAACACCAUCGGUGACACCGUCAAGCACGGACACGCCUAGGCCUGGCAUGCUUCAGAGCACCAACUCGGCAAGCUCCAUUGUGGAAUUCAUGUUGGACGCCCGCGUGCCGCCAGGUGGGUGGAAAGAAGAGGACGCCCGUCGUGAAGCCGAGUCGGAGAAGAGGAUUAAGGAACUCUUGGAAGAAACCCGGCUCUGGCGGGUUGCCAACAGCGCUCAAUGGGUGGUAUGGGGCAUCAUCCAGGCGAAGAUUCCAGGACUGAAUGACGGGGCGAAAGACGUGGUAACGACGCCGGAAGGCAGCGUGCCUGACGAGGAACUCGAGGCGGAAGAGGAGGCCGAUGCGUUCGACUACCUGGGCUACUCGCAGGAGAGGGCCUUUUUCUUUUGGGCGGACUGUGUACGCCUUGGGCUUGUCACAGAGGAGGAGUUGCCGGAGAACGUUCGUUGCAGGCUUAAGUUUGUUGAGCAGUGA